GCGAGAACAUGAUUGCGACGGGCAUUUGUCUUUUGAAGGGUGAGGAAAGUGAGAGCCCGAUCCAUGGAACGGUCACCUUCGAAUGGGAUGAAACUGAAGAAGUGUUUGUACAAGGGACUAUUGAGGGAUUGAAGCCAGGAAAACAUGGUCUUUAUGUUUGUUCUUUGGGCAACAUUACUAAUGGGUACAUGAGUUCGGGCAUUCAUUAUAACCCCUGCAACAAAAAACAUGGUGGACCAGAAGAUGCAGACAGACAUGUUGGUGACCUGGGUAACGUUGAAGCCAGUGAUGAUGGUGUUGCUAAGUUUGAAAUGCACGACCGACUUCUUCGCUUGGCUGGAAAUUAUUCAAUAAUUGGACGCACUUUGGUGGUUACAGAGAAUGAAGAUGACCUGGGUAAAGGUGAAAAUGAUGAGAGUGCUGCAACAGGAAAUGCUGGAAAAGGUUUAGCCUGGGGCAUAAUUGGAAUAGCCAACAAAUAAAAGUAGUCAAAAAAUGAAAUGAGUAAUACCCUGUGUGCUGAAUAAUAAAAUGAAGUAGGUUUCACCAUAAGUGGGCGAUUUACAUAGUGUUUGAAAACGUUCUUUAUGAAGUUACUUUCUUUAUCUUUGUUCUUUGCAGUAAAAUUCUAUGUUACUCUGAUAACUUUUAUCAUUUUAUUAUUUAAAUCAAAAAGUCAAAUAUGGAUAUUAAUAUUCAGUCAAUUUUGUAGGUAUUUAUAAUUUCCGCUUAUGCGAGCUUCAGGUAGUUGUCAAUUCUAGUCAGAAAUGAAAAAACAAUGCUUACAAUUUUCUUGAGCUUUAACUUGCAGGAUUCAAUAAAACCUAAACAAUUAUUUAUGUUUUCCUUGUAAAAAUGUUCAAGAAUGAAAUUGCUCAACUCAGUGCAAUAUGUAAUAAGUUAUGAUGGCAUUUUUGGCUGUUCACGAAUUAUUUGAAAUAAAAAGGAAAAACUGAAA